GACUGAAGAGAACCAAACAAGGAGCCAAAUGAACCAUUUCAUGUGAGAAUGAUCUUCAGUGCGAGAUGAGACACGUUUUUUUUUGGAUGUUCGGCGCAAAUGUAAUUGAAUGCAUCACACCAGUAUGUCUGAUUAGAGGUACUUGUUUGAGGCCACUGUGCACAGUUUGGGGUUCAUUUUCAAAGUCACAGAUUUAGCAGUCCAUAAUCAGCCACCGUCUAGCAGCAUGAAUCUCCAAAUGCUUUGGAACAUGGAGAAGAGAAUAAUGGGGUCAGUAAGAGGAGCAGCCAUUAUCAUGUCCACACUCUGAGUGUGUGUUGAGGGGGGAGGGCUUUAGGGGCGAAAGGGAACAGAGGGAUUGUAUUUUUAUAACCAUGUGCUCUCUUGCACGCCUGACAGUGAUAAAGUAGAAAGGCUCCAGAGAACAACUGUCCUGCCUUUCACAGGCGAGGAGAAGUGAGGCAGACUACAGCACACAGGCUCUCGUUGGGACAAAAACAGACAAGGAGAGCAAAACUUCUCCAACUUCUAAAAAGCUCCACCAGGAAUACCAGCAGCGCAGACAAACAUGGAUGUAAAGAUUGAAAAGUCGUCAAAUGGCUUCACACCAGAUAUCAACUUGGAGAAGUUAUGCAAGUCAGCUGCAGAGCUGAUAGUGCCAGGAAACGUCAUCCUCAGGCUGCUGACUGCUGCUCUGGUGUUUGUGACGGACGUGCUGGCCAGACUUUUUGGAAGCAACCUGGUCAAAAGACAUUUCCACUUGAUGCUGUCUGCCUUGGUUCUGUUUGGUCCUCUGUUGAGUUUCUGGGUGUCAAAGUAUAGCAUCUUCGCUAACAGCAAUCACUACCUGUACAGGAAGUUCCUGAAGUCCACUUGGGGUUGGACGUGCAUCUUCUCAGGUUCCUUCACCCUUCUUCUCUCCACCUCAGCCCGUCAUCCCCCCUCUCUCCUACUUCGCCACCUCUCUCGGGUAGGGGUUGUGGGGUUGCUCUGGUGGGGGUCUCAGCGUAUCCUGACACUGCUGGAGGAUGCAGCAGGAACCUGUUAUGAGCCUAUAACGCCUGAUCAAGAUACCCAAGGUACUGCCUUCUCAGCACAGCCCCUGUUGCUUCUGCAUGAGGACCAGACCAAGGCCUCGUGCCUCAGAGCCAACAUGGUGUGGAGAGGUUAUGAAGUAUCCCAGGACAUCCUCAUCCUCUGCUUGUGUUGCCUGCAGCUUGUGGAGGAAGUGUCCGUCUUUGGCCGUCACCUAGCUCAAACAAAGCCUCUGCAGAGGUCCUCAUGUGGGCCUUUAAGGUUCAUCUUCCUCCUGUGUGUAGUCCUACUCACUCUUUGGAUGUUCCUGCUGCUGUGUUUGCUUGCACACUUCCCCAAGUUCCCCUCCCAGCAGCUAGGGGGAGCUCUGGGCUACCUGGGAUGGAGAGGACUCUAUCAGGGAUGGUACAGACUGAAACCGGGCUGGGGCUGCCCUGGUUUGCCAGAAGGACAUUUUAGCGUCACAGACAUUCAAAAACACUCUCAAUAAUUAUGAAACCUUCAGUUGAUGGUUUUUUUUUGUAUGUUUUGUUUUGUAUGUGAUCUUGAAAGCUAAGCUACAAGGUCAAGAAAGUCAAAAUGACCUCUCAUUAGUGUUGAGAAAUUUUAAACACCCUUGUCUAUACUUCACAUCUCUUGAAGAAUAUGCAGGAAGCUGUGAUUAUUGGUCAAUACUCUUAAAACCCACGUUUCAAAAACCUUCAGACAAAAGUAAUUUUGUAAUAGGAAUCGUGUUUUAUUUUGUAAUAGGAACCAAAAUGAAUGCACAAUAUGAAAUUGAAGGUUUUUAUUUCAAGUUGGUGUAUUGUAACUUGAUAAGCGUGCCAUACUAAACUAGCUGUGUCUUGUUAGAAGAAAGCCUGGGUGUGCUGGCUUUCAGUCUCAGUAGAUGAGAGCCUUGCCGUCUCCUCUGGGCUUCUUAAUCUUGUUGUAGUUCUUGUUAAUGAUGUCAAACAGCACAGCCUGAAGAGAGAGUGACACGGGGGAGCGACAUCAGGGGAAAUGUAGCAAGAGGCGCAUAUAAGAAAGACAGACAGCACGGGAGAGAGACAGAAAGGUUAGAGGCUAUUAUAAAUAAGAAGAGACGUGCAGUUCCAGAGCUGUUAGACUGACACACAGCUGCUUUCAUCAUCACCUGUACUGCCUUGUUCAUUAACAGCAUCAAACACAGGGGGGGACAAUAGCAAGAGGAAGGAGACAAACAGUGACUAAUGGGUGGGAGAUGCGGCUCCAAUCAAUUUAACACGAGCGCAGCAAUUACUUUAAUUACCCUCCUAUUAAGAAGGAAUGGAUUCCAUUUAGCCGCUGUCCCUGCUGCUGGGACAUGGCAGGAAUAUUUAAUAGACGUGUGCAUAGUUUUAUUUAGAAUACAGUGUGUCAUAACAAGACAUGGAAUAUUAAGUCUGACACGUUAACAAUAUCACAUGGUCAUUCUUAGAGAAGUGGUGACAGUUUUCCUACAUUUUAAAAUUCAAUUAAUUUCCUUUUUUUUUUUUUUUUUUUCAGUUUCCAAAA